GCAUUGUGUGGCCUACCAGAGUUCAACUGGAGUUUUGUUCAAAAUGAAGUAUAUUGCCUUUGUUGCCAUCGCCAUACUGCUAAGUCUGUCCAGGAGUCGUUGCUGGGUGGACGCCAAGCCAGAGAUGUGCCAGCAGCCUUCGGGGAUGGCGGGCAUGGCACAGGAUGGAGCUGCCUGUCUGGCUUACAUGCCCGUCUGGACAUAUGAUGCCACCAAGAACGCCUGCACCGAAUUCAUGUUCGGUGGCUGCGGUGGAAACUCCAAUCAGUUCUCUAACCAGCGAGAAUGCGAAAAGGCCUGCAAGGACUAA